CCGCAGGCGGGCCGCUGGGUCUCGGAGUCGCUGCAAUCUGUUGCGCCGCCGCCCGCGGGAGCCGGCAGAUCCGGGUCUCGUGGCUUAGAGUGACGUGGUCAGUCGAAUCAAAACAGAGGAGGGGAGGAAGUCAGCGGCCAGGAGCAGCAGCGGUCGCGGCGUCUUGAGCAGCCGCAGCGUUCCGGAAGCUUCAGGCGGUUUUUCUGCCGAGCCUGGAUCCCGGCCCCCAUCCUCCCCGCCCCGUUGGUUGUUGUCUGGGCGGGUAAAAGUUCCCAUUAAUUUGCAUGUAUUUGAUGACAUAGUUAAGUAAUAGAGGCAGUCUUUAAUGGACAGCACUCAGGAAACUAUUUGACCAUACGCACAUCAUCCUGGUAUCUACAACACAGGUCUCCAAGGGAGCCCAGCUCCAAUUUGUGAGAUUUAAACAGUCAAGUUAAAUCAAGCUGGGAAAUCAUGGCAGAAGGUGGAUUCGAUCCCUGUGAAUGUGUUUGCUCUCAUGAACAUGCUAUGAGAAGGCUGAUCAAUCUGUUGAGGCAGUCCCAGUCCUACUGCACAGACACAGAAUGUCUUCAGGAAUUACCAGGACCUUCUGGUGAUAAUGGCAUCAGUAUUACCAUGAUCUUGAUGGCCUGGAUGGUUAUUGCAGUGAUCUUGUUUCUACUGAGACCUCCUAAUCUAAGAGGAUCCAAUCUUACUGGAAAGCCAACCAGUCCUCAUAAUGGACAAGAUCCACCAGCCCCUCCCGUGGACUAACUUUGUGAUAUGGGAAGUGAAAAUAGUUAACACCUUGCACGACCAAAUGAACGAAGAUGACCAGAGUACUCUUAACCCCGUUAGAACUGUGUUUCCUUUUGCAUCUGCAAUAUGGAUGGUAUUGUUUUCAUGAGCUUCUAGAAAUUUCACUUGCAAGCUUAUUUUUGCUUCCUGUGUUAUCACCAUUCCUUUUUUAUAUUUGAGUAAAUGAUUAUAUUAAAAAAAGUUACAUGGGCUUUUUUGGUUAUCCUAAACUUAAACAUUCCACUCAUUCUGUUUGUAACUGAAUGAUUUUGUUAUGAUUUCUGGCCUGAUUGAAGGAAAUUUGAGAUCUCUGCAUUUGAAUAUUUUAAAUAGUUUUGAUAGGUUUUAAAGUUGCUUUUUUUCAUAAGGUAUUUAUAAAGUUGUUUGGGUUGUCUGAGAUUGUAUGAAAAAAUAUUAGAACCACACUGUAUUUACAUUUACCUUGAUAGUUUAUUUGUGGGUAGCAGUUCUCUCUAGUUCUUGGGACUGUGGCAGCCUUUGGAAUAUUUUACAAAUCUGGUGUCAUCCACUAUAACAGGCUUAUGAGGGGAGAAGAAAUGAAAUUGUUGUUUACUAAGUUUUUUAUUCCCGUAAAAAUGCCUAAUAUUAGGAGAACUUUAAAUAAACAUGAUUUAAAUAUGGUGGAUGAUUUACAGUCCAUUAUAGCCUUACAAGGUUUGUGAAAGGAGGAAAAAAGUUAAUUCUUCCUGCCUUUGCCAAGUAUAUUCUAUACAGUAAUAAUUUAAGCUAUAAUUUAUUUGUUAAAUGGGUGCCUCUCAGGAACCUUCUUUUCUGUUCUAACACUUCCCUGUUAAAUGGAACUAUCUUAAAGCUAUAUUGGGGAUCUAUCUGGUUACUGAUAUUUGAAUGCUAUUUACUUAUUUACUCUAUUUUCUCUGUGAAGAAAAAAUUGAGUCUUUUUUUAUCCUUACUUUAAAAAAUAUUUGAUGAAUUCUUGGUUUACUCCAUGGGAGAAGGAGGAAAAUGAAAAAGCAAUCAAGGAUCUUUUUCUCACCCCUAUUUCAUUCUUGUUUAGUAAUAAGAUGGAUUGGGGUGAGGAGGAGUAUUAAUAUAAGUAAAAUUUUGAAAUGUAUGAAAAGAAAAAGGUUGCAUUGCUCGGUUUGAAAGAAAAUGAAUACAAAUGGCAUAAAAAACAAGUCUGCAUGACCUAUGUGGUUAUGGGAUUUUUCUUCUUAGCAAGUGAUUACAGAUGGCUUAUGGGGGCUAGAAGAUAUUUUGCUAUUGAUGUAAGGAUUUUUCCCCCAGAUCAGUAUAGCUUUUCACUGUACCGACCUGAGAAAUUACUUGUAUGAAUUAAUAAACUUCUCUAUAUCAUUGUACUGUUUAAUAGUCUCUGAUACAAUUAUGUGACACUUGUAGGGUAUUUUCCCCCCUUUAUUAUGAUUACAUUUUAGGCCAUACACAUUUUAAGGGCUUCAUUCAUUAUAUUAUCCAGUAUUGACUGCUUGCAUUCCUUCUGUGCAUCUUGGCUUUGAUGCUCAAUUUCUUGACAUAAUGUAACCUACUCUUAGUUACUUCGUGCUAAUUGGAGGGUAUUAUAACACAGGUUAAGUCAAAUCUUGGAUAACUGAGCACCAUAGGUUUAAGGUUCUUCCUGUUGCUGGGCCUAGAAACCUUCCCAGCUUUAUAGCUGUUAGAGUAUUUAAUGCAGAAAGGGCAGGAAUGGCCUAGGAUGGAGCUAAAUCUCUGUAAGCAUUCCUUUUUCUGCCCUUGCCCCCUAGACUUGGAAGGCUUACACAUCUAUUCUAUGUCUGUUCUCUAAGCUGCUAGAAAGCCAAUCUUUGGCAGAGACACUGAUGUAUUUACUGAAUCUAUGGCUCACAAACAAUUGAGACUUGGCUUUGGUUGAAGCCAACUGGCCUUGACCUGGAAACAGACUGUCUAGUGUUAGCUAGAGACCUACAAAUCUAGAUUCUUAUUCCUGGUUCUUCAUUUCUGUUAUGUACACUUAAUUGACAGUACAUCUAGCAUAUUAACCUUUACUAUAUGGACCAUUUAUUUAAUUAGCAACAAAAGCUCCUAGAGAAGUAGUUUUGGUUUUUUUGCUUGUAAAAUUUCUCUGCAUUCCUGAGAAAGAUCAUGUACUACUGCAUAUAAAGUAUUCCUGUUAACCUAACUAGUAAUUUAUAUUCUUUUUAAUUCUUAUAGCUUCUGUAUGUGGCCUUCUUAUUGAGCACACUCUUAGUCAUUACUUGGCUUGUAAACAUUCACCUGAACUGUGGCUACAAUCAUUUUUAAAUAAUCUGGAAAAAAGAAAGCUAAAGCUUCACAUUUUAAUUUUUGGCUCUUAUAAGUAUGCCACAAAUAACAUUAAGUUUAUUUUGUUUUAGAGUCAUUUAAUGUCCCUUAUGCAAAAUAAUGUUUUCUUGCUUUCCAUAUGGAAAAAUUUAACAUUGGAACUGUGUAUAGUAAAAGAUUUUAUCAUGUAUCUAUCCAAGCACUAUCCCAUGGCCAGCAAGUCAUAUUUAAACAACUUGCAGAGAUUUUCCAAAGUAACUGUUAGGUUCAGCUAUUCCAUGGUUACUUUUAGUGUCAUUGUGGUAUGUGAUGUGAUAGUGUUUAUAGAAUUACUGAAUUUUUAUAUUUUCAAAGGAACCUUGGAAAUUUAUCACUCUGAAUUAAAGUCUGUCACUAAAUAAACAUGAUAAAAUUGGACCAGCUCAUCAACUUAAGACACAAAAUAGCAACUUGAAGGAGAAAUGAAGAGUUUACACAUAACGGGUUUAAUUUUUGUUGUUGCAAUAGUAGGUUUAAUCCUAACAUAAUAUUUCUAAAUGAAAAAUCAUAUGUAUUUGUUACCAUGUCUGAUGAUUACUUUGUUAAAAGCAAAAGUGGUCAUGUGAUAUACUAAAUAUUAAUUGCUGUUUUUAAAUGUUUAAAUCAUGCCAAACAAAUCAUGUCUGUGCCAUCCAGGGUUUAUUGUAAUCUUUUACUGAGUACUUGGACUGGGAUAAAGGGCUUGUACUAUGCACUUUUUAUUAAUGAAUAAAUAGAAAACAUUAGUAAUGCA